AUGAGACUCGAUCACAUUGCUCUCCUCGCCGCUGUGGCUGGUUCCGCAGCGGCAGCUCCUGCUAAGAAUUCAAAGAGAGCUUCACCCUUCAAAUGGUUCGGAACAAGCGAAUCUGUAGCUGAAUUCGGCGAGAAGAACAUUCCUGGUGUCUACGGAAAAGACUAUUACUUCCCGGAUGCCAGUGCAAUCCAAACAUUGGCUGAGAAAGGCAUGAACAUCUUCCGGGUGGCCUUCAAGAUGGAACGGCUGGUACCGGGAACCAUGACAGGAGGGUUUGAUGCUGCUUAUUUGAGCAAUCUGACCGCGACGGUCAAAGCCAUCACUGAUGGAGGAUCCCACGCCGUGCUUGAUCCUCAUAACUAUGGAAGAUACAACGAUGAGAUUAUUUCCACCCCCGCCGACUUCCAGACAUUCUGGAAGAACGUCGCAGGUGAAUUCGUUGAGAAUGAGCUAGUCGUUUUCGACACAAACAACGAGUACCACGACAUGGACCAAGACCUCGUCCUGAAGCUCAACCAAGCAGCCAUUGACGGUAUCCGUGCAUCGGGGGCGAAGAGCCAGUACAUCUUCGUCGAGGGUAACUCCUGGACCGGCGCGUGGACCUGGGUUGAUGUGAACGAUAACCUGAAGGACCUGACCGACCCUGAGGACAAGAUCGUCUACGAGAUGCACCAGUACCUUGAUUCGGAUGGAUCGGGCACGAACGAGGCAUGUGUGUCGACGACGAUUGGAAAAGAGCGCGUGACGGACGCGACACAGUGGCUGAAGGAUAACAAGAAGGUUGGAGUGAUUGGCGAGUUUGCCGGUGGUGUGAACGAUGAUUGCAAGGCGGCAGUUACUGGGAUGCUUGAUUUCCUGGGUGAAAACUCAGACGUCUGGCUCGGCGCAUUGUGGUGGGCUGCGGGACCUUGGUGGGCUGACUACAUGUUCAGUAUCGAGCCUCCCACUGGACCGGCCUAUACUGGUAUGUUGUCGACGCUUGAGCCAUAUUUGCAGUAA